AGACAAUAAAGAUUAAAAAGAUGGGUACUUGUGGUGGGAUAUGUGGGUAGAGUAAUCCUGAGAAUACAAUAGUAAAGAUUUAAUAAGUAAAUAUGGGUGAUGUUGAUAAUUAAAUUGAAUUGGGAUUAUAGAUGGGUGAAGAAGGUGUUGCAAUAAGAAAUGAAAAAAGAGUAGAAGAGAUAUUAAAUAAUUAACAAAAUUAAAGUAAUGAAAAUUAGGGAUAUGAAUCAUAAAAGAGACAUUCUUAAAAAUUUGAAGAAAUUAAAACUUAAAUUUUAUAGGAGUCAGUUCUAGAGAAAUGUUAACCAGUUACAUUAGAAUCAGGAGCAAUAUAUACAGGAUAAUGGGAAUAAGAGUAGAGACAUGGAUGGGGAAAAUAAGUUUGGCCAGAUUAAUCAGUAUAUGAAGGUGAAUGGGUAAAUGAUAAGGCUUGUGGUAAAGGUAAAUUGAUUCAUGCAGAUGGAGAUGUAUAUGAAGGAGAAUGGGUAAAUGAUAAAGCUAAUGGAUUGGGUAGAUAUUAUCAUAGUAAUGGUGCAACAUAUGAAGGAGAAUGGAAAGAUGAUAAAUAAAAUGGUUAUGGAGAAGAAUAAUGGCCAGAUGGAUCUAAAUAUAAAGGAUAAUAUGAAGAUGGUAAAAAACAUGGUUAAGGUUUAUUAUAAUUUGUUGAUGGGUCAUUUUAUAAUGGAGAAUUCAAUUAUAACGAUAUACAUGGAAAAGGUAAUAUGCAUAUAUAUAUAUAAAGGUCGAUAUGUUUGGGCAGAUAAAAGAGAAUAUGAAGGAUAAUGGAAUAAUAAUAAAAUGCAUGGACUUGGAAUUACUAAAUGGCCAGAUGGUAAAAUAUAUGAUGGAGAGUAAUAUAUUAUAAAUUAUUAUUAUUAUCAUUAGAUAUUUAAAUGAUAAAAAAGAUGGAUUUGGUACCUUUAUUUGGCCUGAUGGAAGAAAAUACGUUGGAUAAUGGUUAGAUGGUAAAUAACAUGGAAGAGGAACUUUUACUAAAGCAAGUGGAGAAAGUCGUUAAGGUGAAUGGGUUGAUGGGAAAAGAAUUAGAUGGAUGGAAUUAGAGGAAUAAUAAACAAAUUGA